GCCGAGGAAGCAGCUUCACAGGACGCAGGAGUGCUCCCCUUACGCAGCCCACCUGUACGACGCGGAAGACCCCGCCACGCCGCUGCGCACGGUGCCCGGGCUCUGCCAGGACUACUGCCUGGACAUGUGGCAGACGUGUCGGGGCCUGUUCCGACACCUGUCCCCUGACCCUGAGCUCCAGGCCCUGGAGGGCCACCGGGCCAAGCUCUGCCGCUACCUGUCGCUGGACGACGUGGACUACUGCUUCCCGCACCUGCUGGUCAACCAGAACCUCAACUCCAACCUCGGCCGCGUGGUGGCCGACGCCAAGGGCUGCCUGCAGCUGUGCCUGGAGGAGGUGGCCAACGGGCUGCGCAACCCGGUGGCCAUGGUGCAUGCCUAUGACGGCACCCACCGCUUCUUCGUGGCCGAGCAGGUGGGACUGGUGUGGGCCUACCUGCCUGACCGCUCGCGGCUGGAGAAGCCCUUCCUGAACAUCAGCCAGGCCGUGCUCACCUCCCCCUGGGAAGGCGACGAGCGGGGCUUCCUGGGCCUGGCCUUCCACCCCAGCUUCCGGCACAAUGGCAAGCUCUAUGUCUACUACUCGGUGGGGGUGGGCUUCAGCGAGUGGAUCCGCAUCAGCGAGUUCAAGGUCUCUGAGGACGACAUAAACACUGUGGACCACAGCUCUGAGAGGAUAAUCCUGGAGAUUGAAGAACCAGCCUCAAACCACAAUGGGGGUCAGUUGCUCUUCGGGAAUGAUGGGUACCUCUACAUCUUUACGGGGGACGGCGGGAUGGCUGGAGACCCCUUUGGAACGUUUGGAAAUGCCCAAAACAAGUCGGCGCUGCUGGGCAAGGUGCUGCGCCUGGACGUGACCGGCAACGAGCGCGGCCCGCCCUACCGCAUCCCGCCCGACAACCCCUUCGUGGGCGAGCGCGCCGCGCGGCCGGAGGUCUACGCCCUGGGCGUGCGCAACAUGUGGCGCUGCUCCUUCGACCGCGGGGACCCCGCUUCCGGCGCGGGCCGCGGCCGCCUCUUCUGUGGCGAUGUGGGCCAGAACAAGUUCGAGGAGGUGGACUUGGUGGAGCGCGGCCGCAACUACGGCUGGCGCGCCCGGGAGGGCUUCGAGUGCUAUGACCGCAAGCUGUGCGCCAACGCCUCCCUAGAUGACGUGCUGCCUAUUUUCGCCUACCCGCACAAGCUGGGAAAGUCCGUCACAGGGGGCUACGUGUACCGGGGCUGCGAGUACCCCAAUUUGAAUGGCCUCUACAUUUUUGGGGAUUUCAUGAGCGGGCGUCUGAUGUCCCUCCGAGAGGACCCGGAGACAGGCCAGUGGCGGUACAGUGAGAUCUGCAUGGGCCGUGGCCAGACGUGUGCAUUCCCCGGCCUGAUCAACAACUACCAUCCGCACAUCAUCUCCUUCGGGGAAGAUGAGGCCGGGGAGCUGUACUUCCUGUCGACAGGCAUGCCCAGCGCCACAGCCGCACGCGGGGUCAUCUACAAAGUGAUCGACCCGUCCAGGCGGGCGCCCCCCGGCAAGUGUCAGAUCCAGCCGGCCACGGUGAAGGUGAAGAGCCGCCUUGUCCGCUUCGUGCCCAAAGAAAAAUUCAUCUGGAGGCCCGAGAGCACCCCGCGCCCCACGGCACGAGCACCCACCAAGGCUCCCCGUCGCAGCCACUGGAGAGCCACGUGCGGCCGGCGCUGCUGCGGGGACCGGCCCAGCGCUGACCAGGUGCUGAGACACGUGCUUCCCGGCUGCGCCCUCUGCCGGCGGCUCCCAGCACUGCCGUCCGAGGCCGAGCCCCUGAUGGGCCGCAGGUGCUGGCUCCGCAUUCCCCACCUGAUCGCUGGAGAGCGCCGGACAUAG